AUGGUCUUCUCCAAGAAACUAACAAAAGAUCAAAUUCCAGGAUGGGAGGAGUACUACUUUAACUACAAGAGGUUGAAGGGAAGAGUAAAUGAAUACACAGAACAUACAAAAGAAGGAAUACAAGAUCGUAGGCGUGUUCUGAAGGACUUCUCGAAGUUGCUUGAUGACGAGAUUGAAAAGAUUGUGCUAUUCAUGAUAGAACAACAGGGACUAAUUGCAGCAAGGCUUGAAGAUUUAGGGAAACGAAGGGCAAGACUUCAAGACAUUCCACUUCUCCAGGAGAUAACUGAACUGCGAGAAGAUUACAGAGCAGUCCGCAUGGAUCUUGUAACUCUUCUAAAAUUCGUCGAACUUAAUGCCAAUGCGGUUCGGAAGAUACUGAAGAAAUUCUAUGAACGGCUGGGACACAGAUUUACUGAUUAUUACGUCAGAAGCAGAUCAAACCACCCGUACUCUCAGUUGCAGCAGGUUUUCAGACAUGUGGGAAUUGGAGCUGUUCUUGGGGCACUGUCUCGCAGUCUCAGCGAUCUCGAGGAGCGUCAGGGAAGCUAUCUGAACAUCUAUGAUCAGCAUCAUCCACUGUCCAUCCCAAAGGAUCCGAUAAUUGAUCUGAUCACGUCGACGGCAGACAACCUGACGAACUCGACGAACUUCCUGCGGUUCCUCGGACAGCAUGCUCUCAUCGACCAAGCAGACGACGGCGCUGCAGGCGCAGAGGAGGAGGAGGAGGAGGAGCACGCCGGAGGCGGAGAAGAAGACGAGUACCAUUUCACCUCCCUCGUGCUGAACCUCGCCAACACCUUCCUCUACAUGGUGAACACCUACAUCGUCGUCCCGACGGCCGACGGCUACGCCACCAGCCUCGGCGCCGCCGCGACGGCGUGCGGCGCCAUCAUCGGCUCCAUGGCCGUCGCCCAGGUGUACUUCAGCGCGUGGUCCAACCGGUCGUACUUCAGGCCGUUGCUGUUCAGCAGCGCGGUGCUGCUCCUUGGCAAUGUGAUCUACUCCCUCACGAUCCUCCUCGUUGGAAGUGUUCUAUGUGGAAUGGGAUCGGCGAGAGCUGUGAAUCGGAGGUACAUCAGCGACUGCGUUCCUCCAAGAAUCCGGAUGCAGGCUUCUGCAGCGUUUGUCAGUGCUAGUGCUCUUGGAAUGGCUUGUGGCCCUGCAAUUGCCGGUCUUCUUCAGACAAACUUCAGCCUCUGUGGUCUCACCGUCAACCAGAUCACUUUGCCCGGGUGGAUCAUGGCGUUUGGUUGGCUCGCAUACCUGAUCUGGCUGUGGAUUUCAUUUCGAGAGCCAGAUCUUGGCCAUGGUGUCAAAGAUUUCUAUGAGGGUUCUUCUACAAGCACCAAAAAGAUGGAGCAAGGAUUUGGUGAACAUCUCCUGCCAUCGCAAGCUACCUUGGAUCAAGACGACGACGACGGCAAUGGCGGCGACAACGAGUGCGACGAGACGCUGUCAUCAACCGCUGCGCUGAGACCAGCCUCUUCGGUCGCGUCAGCCUACACGCUGCUGACUCCGUCGGUGAAGGUCCAGCUGCUGAUCUACUUCAUGCUCAAGUACGCCAGGGAGAUCGUGCUGUCGGAGUCGAGCGUGGUGACCGGCUACUACUUCGGCUGGAGCACGAGCGACGUCUCCGUGUUCCUGGCGACCCUGGGGCUGAGCGUCCUCCCCGUCAACGCCGUCGUCGGCGCCUACCUCAGCAACAUGUUCGAGGACAGGCAGCUGCUGGUAGCGUCGGAGGUGGCGCUGCUGGCCGGCGUGGCGGCGGGCUUCGCGGUGGCCGGCACGGCGUACACGGCGGCGCAGUACGUGUGCUCGGCGGCGCUGACGUUCGUGGCGGCGGAGGUGCUGGAAGGGGUGAGCCUGUCGCUGCUGUCGCGGGCGAUGUCGUCGCGGCUGUCGAGGGGGACGUACAACGGCGGGCUGCUGUCGACGGAGGCCGGGACGGUGGCGCGGGUGGCGGCGGACGCCACCAUCACGGCGGCGGGGUGCCUCGGCGAAGGGUGGCUGCUCAACGCCACGCUGCUGCCGGCGCUGCUCGUCUGCGUCGCCUCCAUCGCCGCCACGCUCUACACCUACAACUCGCUCUUCUACUAA